CCCCCCCUCUAUUUUUAAGAGAGAGAAGUUGUUUUCAGAUUAAAAAUAGAGGGCGAGAUCUGGGUCUGACCCAUUUCUUUCUUUUUUCCUUUCUGGGUUUUUGUCUAAAUUCGGAAUUCGAGAUCCCUUCGUUCAAAAAGGGUCGUCCUCAUCAUCUUCUUCGUAUUUACCCUCUUCCAUUACUGGAUCUUUUAGUUCCCUUGUGUUGGGAGCUAUGGGUGUCGAGGUUGUUGGAUUUGAGAUGGUGAAUGGACCGAUGGAUUCUGCAGAUAAUUCUGUUUUGAAAAGCAAGGAAAAUGGAGAUUUGGAUCAAUUGCCUGAAAAAAAUGCGACCAUCAAAUUUGGUUCUCAUGAAGAUGAGCCCGUUAAAGAACAGGCAGAUGGUUCUUCAACCACCAAUGUCCCCAAAGAUGCUGCUGAUGAAUGGCCUGCACCUAAGCAAAUCCAUACCUUCUACUUCGUGAGGCAUCGGGCUUAUGAUGAUCCGAAUGUCAAGGCCAAAAUUGAUUUGGCUGAUAAAGAGAUACAGAAGAGGAGUCAAGCUCGGUUUCAAAUCACUGAAGCACUUAAGGGAAAGAGGGGGGAACGAGCAGAGUUGAUUACUCAGAUGAAAGCUCUGAGAGAUGACAACAGGCAAUUUAAAUCAAUAGUUGACGAGAAAAUUAAAGAGAUCGAACCUCUUAACCAAGCUCUUGGCAAGCUCCGUAAUGCAAACAAUGCAGGUCGAAAUGGUGGUUUAUGUUCAUCUGAGGAAGAGCUUAAUGCUGUUAUUCAGAGCCUGCAAUACCAUAUACAACAUGAAAGCAUUCCACUUUCUGAGGAAAAGCAAAUUUUAAGAGAAAUUAAACAGCUUGAAGGGACGAGGGAGAAAGUUAUUGCUAAUGCUGCUAUGAGAGCAAAGCUUCAGGAUUCGAUGGUACAGAAAGAAGCCCUCCAAGAUCAAGUCAAGAUCAUAGGUGGCGAUUUGGAUGGAGUGAGGAAGGAACAACAAGCAGUUAGAGCCAAGAUAAAGCAACUCGAUGAUGCCUUGAAGGCAAUAGACAAUGAAAUUAAAACUUUGCAGGAUGAGCUAACUUCUGUUACAGAGAAGAGAGGCAGAGCUCACGAAAGCAUUCAGCAACUUAGGAAGAACCGUGAUGAGGGGAACGCCCACUUUUAUCAGAGCCGAUCACUCUUAAACAAAGCCAGAGAUCUUGCUGCACAGAAGGACGUCAAGGCCCUUGAGGAGCUUGCUUCUAAUGAGGUUGAGAAGUUUAUGUCUCUCUGGAAUGGUGAUAAGGCUUUCAGGGAUGAGUAUGAAAAAAGAAUUCUUCCAUCGUUGGAUGGUCGGCAGAUGAGUAGAGAUGGUCGGAUAAGGAACCCUGAUGAGAAGCCAAUACUUGCGCCUGCAGAACCUGCACCUCCUCAAACUGAGAUGGCAGCAAAACCUAACAUUAAACGAACUAAGGAAGAACCCAAACCAGUGCCAUCUGAUACUCUUCCUGCACAGAAAGUCGAUAAGGAAGUUAAACACAAAGUCGGAAAGUCCGCACGGCCCUUGGAGCAAGAGGAUAAAGCAGAGGAUGAGAUCCAUGGUUUAGAAAAAUUGUCAAAGGACAUCCCUAAAGAACCCGAGGUCGAUCUUGCAAAAUUGAAGGAAAUGAAGAGGGCGGAGGAAAUCGCAAAAGCUAAACUAGCCAUGGAAAGGAAGAAGAAAUUGCAAGAGAAAGCAGCUGCAAAAGCCUCUCUACGAGCUCAGAAGGAAGCAGAAAAGAAAUUGAAGGACCGUGAAAAGAAAGCAAAGAAGAAGGCAACAACAUCUGGAUCAUUUGCCACACUUCCUGAUGAAGAACCUACUGAUGCUGAUGCAGUUGAAGAGGAAUCCACAGAGGUUGAAAAGGUUAAUGAAACUGCUGAAGCUCCAGUUCCAGUGAAGACCAAAAUCCCAAAGGAGACCGUUGUUAGGAGGCCUGGCAGGCAAAGAGGGCUGGAUUCUGUUCCGAAAGUGAUUCGGAAGCGCAAGAAGUCGAUCAAUUACUUGGAAUGGGCUGGUCCUGCUGCUGCUGGUGCUGCGGUGUUACUUGUGAUCCUUCUGGUUCUUGGAUAUUACUAUUACUACCUUCUCUAAGAAAAAAAACUGUGAAACUAGGUGUUAGAAGAGGUUUUAUGGAUGAGACAAAAUUUUCUGCUGAUGAUGAGUGGGUGCUUUUAGAGGAGGAUAAGUUGUAUUUUUAAUUAUGUUUAUUUCUGUUUAUUUUCAUCCUUACUGUGGAUGGACUCAACUCAUAAUGGUUGGCAUUUUAGUCAGGUUCACAGUGUUUUUACUGUUGAAAAACAUGCAUUUUGGUUCUUUCAAUGUAUUUCCAAAUUUUGACUUUGAUGAUCAAUCUUCUUUGCUGAUACAUAAAUAUUUAUUUUGAGGCCUUAAA